CUUCUUGUUUUUAACCUGUACCUCUGUACCUAAUUUCUCAUUUACAAAGGUUUUCCAGAAGAGCUGAGAGAAACGAUUGGAUGCCUCGCGAUUCGCGACAUAGAAUCGGCAACUUUGACUCGUCGUACGAAGAUUACGAAACAACAUGAAGAGAGGGACGAAGUUCGUCGUACAGACCAUUAAUCUGUCCAAUCCGAAAACAUGCGUAAAGCCGAAGAUUCAGAGACUCGUUAGUGCGGAUGCAGAUUCCUCCUCCGAUCCUAAUCGCGCGAGCGAUUACCGGACCCUUAGACCGGUGGCGGUUAAAGUUUGCUCGUGGAAAGAUGCGCAGAGCAAGUGCCCGCCAAAGUUCUGCGAAUCUCCUCAGGAGCCUCCGUCACUUUCGACCAACGCAAUACUUUGCAGGGUUGCGGCGUUUUUUAUAAAAGGCGCUAUCGUUGCUGCUCUCAUCUGUUGGACUUGUUCGGAGGGUCUUUGGGGCGACAGCACCGAAACGGAAGAUCUGUAUUGCAGAAUGACGGGCGUGAUUUUUCCCGAACGGCCGAUCCGCUUGCCGCAUCUCGAGGAAAUAAAAUACUCCGUGUUCGAGACGUACAAUCACAUGCUGGUGAAAGGCAUGGAUAUUAUCGUCAGCGUGCCGCGAGAGGUGCAUCGAAGACUGCAAGGUCUCUUACUGCCGUGCGACACAACGAAGGAAACGGAGAGGACGCAAGCGAAACGGAACUCUGACGAGAAUUCCGUGGAAAUGUAAUGUCGCAAAUUGUGCGUAUCAAAAUCCGAGAUACCGCGUUGCAAUGGAUACAUACAUGUAUACGAUAUUUCUCUUUCAAAAAGUUAGUACAAAAUCUUUUAGUCUUGAUAUUGCGCGGAAUUUGAGUGAGAACGUGAAUUAUUGUGAGAUUAAAAAUUCCUGUAGCGUUAACAUGCGAAUAAACGCACUUAAUUUGCCAUGGCCUUUGUGCAGGCCAAUGAAGAUAUUCUAACGUGUCCUUUUCUUUCUUAGUUUUU